GUUCCUUGCUUCUGUUCCCUGGCGGAGGAAUAGAGUGCCGGACAGGAAACGUCCGGUGACAUUCUCAUGCCUCCACAGAGGACAGGGUUGUCGUGUAGCGGUAACCUGCUCCGUCCUCAGUGAUAGCCGUCCGGGUGGCGAUGGCGGCGGGGCUGGGCUGGCGGCUCCUGUGUGCCCGGGGCGCGGUGCUGGGCAGGAGUUGUGCUGGGAGUGACGGCUGUACUUCCAGUGUCCUGCUGGUUAGAUACAACAGCACCAACACCUGGUGGGAUGAACAUAUCUCUGAACAAAAUAAGGAGUAUCUGAAACAGCUGACUGCACAGGAAUACAAUGAUAUGACAGCAAGUAAACUGUGUCCUCUGAAGGAUGAGCCAUGGCCGGUAAAGCCAUGGGAACCAGGCUCCAACAGAGUUGGUUUAAUAGCAGUUAAACUAGGAAUGAUGCCCCUAUGGACCAAAUCUGGUGAAAGGCAUGCAGUCACAAUGUUACAAGUCCAGGACUGUCAUGUGAUUAAGUUUACACCAAAAGAGGAUGCUAAUGGAAAAAGUGCUAAUCUCACCGUAGGAGGAAAAAAUGUAUCUCCUUUUUAUAAACCAGAAUCUAUAUUGGAAUUUUACAGAGAAGCAGGAGUUCCCCCUAAGCAGAAAAUCAGCAUAUUUAAAGUGUCUGACAAUGCCAUCCUUAAGCCAGGUACUCCCCUUUAUGCUGCACAUUUCAGGCCUGGGCAGUAUGUAGAUGUCACAGCAAAAACGAUUGGUAAAGGAUUUCAAGGAGUCAUGAAGAGAUGGGGUUAUAAAGGCCAGCCAGCAUCACAUGGGCAGACUAAAACACACCGUAGGCCAGGAGCUAUUGCAGCUGGUGAUCCAGCUCGGGUGUUCCCAGGUACAAAAAUGCCUGGUCCAUUGGGAAACUUCUACAGAACUUCUUAUGCACUCAAGGUAUGGAGAGUGAAUACAAAACACAACAUCAUUUACGUCAAUGGUUCUGUCCCUGGGCAUACAAAUUGCUUAGUUAAGGUCACAGAUACAACACUUGCAGUGAAACAAAAAGGCUUUGAAAAACUUCCAUUCCCUACAUAUUUUGCUGAUGGAGAUGAAGAGCUGCCAGAAGAUCUUUACGAUGAGGACGUAUACCAGUUCAAUGAGCCCUCUGUCAACUUCUCUUAGCAUUUCUGACACCUUGAUUCACUUAGGUGUUAUCAGAUCACUGUGCUUCUGUAAUUCGUGAAGGACAAAGGUUUCCAAAGGGUUUCCCUUUUUACUGCUGCCACAUCUGCUUUUGAAAGACAGGGAGACUGUUUCUGGUUUUAUCUUGCGUAACAAUUCAGAUGGGUUCUGGAAUUACAGUCUGUGCACAGUGGAAUUUUUUGGAUCUUGUGGAUACCUUAUGAUUUAGAAGUUGCUUCAUUUACUUCUCUAACAGAAUAUAUAUGGUAAAAUAAAGAUUAUUUGAUACUAGUUGCAA